GAUAGGCACUUGCAGCUAUCAUGCUGUGUGAUUAAGCAGCGUGGGCGGGGCCUAAUGACGUCAUCGCACCAUGUGACAGCCCGGUUCCAGGCACAGGAAGUGAAACAGUCAGCUCUCCGGCACCGGAUGUUUGUAGCUUCCCCUUCAGAGCCGAUGACGCUCCCUUCGCUGAUUGGUCGGCUCUGGUCGCAAGUCCUGUUGGCACGGAACACGUGAGGGAGCGCCGCGCUCUGAUUGGCUCUCGGCGAGUAAAGGUUGUGAGGGGAGAGAACAUGGCAGCCGAGCCGACUAAAGCGGAGAUUCAGGCCGUGUUCAAGCGGCUUCGGGCUGCGCCUACCAACAAGUCUUGCUUUGAUUGCGGUGCUAAGAAUCCCAGCUGGGCCAGUAUCCCCUAUGGAGUCUUCCUCUGCAUUGACUGCUCUGGAGUCCACCGCUCUUUGGGGGUUCAUCUCAGCUUCAUCAGAUCGACGGAGCUGGACUCUAACUGGAGCUGGUUCCAACUGAGAUGCAUGCAAGUGGGAGGAAAUGCCAGUGCGAAUGCGUUUUUCCAUCAGCACGGCGCCACCACCAGCGACACCAAUGCAAAGUACAACAGCCGCAGCGCCCAGAUGUACCGGGAGAAGAUCAGACAGCUGGCGAAUGCUGCCAUGUCUAAGCACGGCACUGAUCUUUGGAUCGAUGGGAUGAACUGCGCUCUCGUUCAGCCGGCAGAGAAGAAAGAAUCGGACUUUUUUGCAGAGAUGACCCAGCCUUCCAGCUCCUGGGAGGCAACCCCAGCAUCAGAACCCACAUCUACCACAGUUACCACUGUAACAAGAACUAUAAGCUCUCCGGAAACUGCUGAUUCUGCAAGUGAGUGUGUAUCUGAUGUGCCCCCACCUCAGUCUCCAUGGCGCUCUGUGCAAUACAGAUAUUAUUGUGUUCCUACAGGUGCAGAGUGUGGGCCCAGUGUGGACAUUCUAAGCACAUCCCCAAAAGCUGCCGUGGAAGUGAAACCGUCCCUUAUUGGAAAGAAGAAAGUCAACACUGCUAAGAAAGGGCUGGGGGCUAAGAAGGGCCUGGGUGCCCAGAAGGUGAGCAGUCAGAGCUUCAGCGAGAUCGAGCGUCGCGCCCAGGUGGCAGAGAAGUUAAGAGAGCAGCAGGCAGCUGAGCUAAAGAAAGAAGCAGAAGAGUCUCUUGUAUCCUCUAUGAGGCUGGCGUAUCAGGAACUUCAAAUUGACAGGAAGCAGGAGGAGAAGAAGCUGCAGAAUUUGGAAGGAAAGAAGCGAGAGCAAGCGGAGAGACUGGGCAUGGGCUUAGCUGCACGCAGUUCCAUAUCUCACUCUCUGCUAUCGGAGAUGCAUGUCAUUGAGCAAGAGACGCCAGUUGCUAACAAGUCCUCGCGCUCCCAGCUCGACCUUCUGGAGGAUGCCAGCUUCACCUCGGGGCCCCCAAAGUAUAAGGACAACCCGUUUUCUCUCGGUGAUGGUUUUAGCUCAAGGUGGGAGACAGAAAGUUCUUCUUGGGGUUCUGCAGAUAAGGCCGAGGAAGAGCGAGAGGUGACGAUCUCCAGUAUCCAACCAGCAAGGGAUCGGCCCGCCAACCGGAGGAAACCAGAAGGCGCCCCUGCCCCAGAAUCCAACGAAGCGAGGAUGAAGUUUGCCAGCGCCAAAGCCAUUUCCUCAGACAUGUUCUUUGGACGAGAAAACGAUGCAGAAUAUGAAGCCAGAUCUCGCCUGCAGCAGCUCUCCUCUAGCAACUCCAUCAGUUCAGCCGACCUCUUUGGAGACCCGAAUGCUGUAAACUUGUCAGGUGGUGUCUCCCUCGGUAAUGUGAUGCCCGCAGCAGAUAUAACCCACUUUAAGCAGGGAGUAAAAUCAGUGGCCGGCAAGAUGGCAGUUCUGGCUAAUGGAGUGAUGAAUUCUCUACAGGAUCGCUACAGUUCCUAUUAACCAAUCAGAUUAGGAGUCUGGCUCGGAAGUCUUAGCAUUUACCCCAGUGCAUUCAUCUGAUGAGCGAGGGUCAAAAAGAGAAACUAAGGCUCAUCCCGUGGAUUGGACAGACCUCUUCUUUGUAGACAGUGGCCACGUCAGUAUUGCCCGUACCCUAACCAGCUCACCCCAGGAGCAUUUCUACCCCUUCCACACAGUGUCUGCUGUUGCUUCAACCCCACUGGCUGCCCCUCACCUCAAGCACGGGGCAGUGUCUGCUGCUUUGUGCUGCUGCAAGGAGACACUGAGGGACAUUGUUUCAUUUUUUAAUUUAAUGUGUAUUCGUGUGAAAUUGCGUAUAUGGCCGGCUCCUCUGGGGUCCCAGGAUGGGUCCCAUGUCUGUGUCGCAUGUUGUGGUUUUUUUUUUUUUAGUUGGGGUGAAAGAAAAGGACAAAGGAUCUGGCUCUGUAGCAACACAGUGCAGUUGUUUUAUUUCAGAUACUCAGUCACCUCCCUAUAACAUCGCAGAGAAUGAAGUCACAACAUGCCCUGUAUUCUGAUUCGCUGCGGAAUUACUGUGGGACGAAUUUUUAUUUUAUCUUGUUACCCAGAAGCUUUGCAGUCACUGGGUUGGGCGGGGAGAUUUAUAAAUAAGGGUUGCAUGAGUAUUUAUUUUUAUUCCUGGCAUUGGCAGACAACCCCCCAGGGGCCAGGCUGGCAAACACAUUGCUCUGAACCACAAGUAUCUCUCUAUGGCACAUUAUAUGGCCUUAACAGCCUCUGCAAGGGCCACAUAUGCCCCAUAGGGCUUCAUGGAUUCUCAGAUCCUUCUAAUGGUUAUGCAUGGAGUAGUGUCCUAUACAAAUGUGCAUGAGUUGUGUCCCUCUACCUCUCAGCAAAGGCCAAACUGAUCUUUCGAAAGGUUUUAUUUUUUGCAGGUGUCGAAAAUGUCAAUUUCUAGACAGCGUCUCCUCGUUUUACUGAUAUUUAACUUUUUUUUUUAGCUUUAAAGGGACAGUAUUGUUUGUUUUCCCUGUUGUGCUUACUUGAAAUAGCCUAUAACUCAUAAACCUCUGUGGGUAAAGGAUACUUGCCUGUAUUCAGUGGCUGCCUCCCUGCUGUACUUCUUGGUUCAGUCCUGCCUCCCUAUUGUACUUCCUGGUUCAAUCCCUGCCUCUCUAUUGUACUUCCUGGUUCAAUUCCUGACUCCCUGCUGUACUUCCUGGUUCAAUUCCUGACUCCCUGCUGUACUUCUUAGUUCAGUCCCUGCUGUACUUCCUGGUUCCAAUCCCUGCUGUAACUUCCUGCUGUACUUCCUGGUUCAGUACCUGACUCCCUGCUGCACUUCCUGGUUCAAUCCCUGCUGUAACUUCCUGGUUCAGUACCUGACUCCCUGCUGUACUUCCUGGUUCCAAUCCCUGCCUCCCUGCUGUACUUCCUGGUUCAGUCCCUACCUUCCUGCUGUAUUUCCUGGUUCAACCCCUGCCUCCCUGCUGUACUUCCUGGUUCAUAGUCGAGGCAAGCUGGACCUUAGUGUAGUGGGAGGAGGCAGUGAAAUGAUUGGCUGGCUUAUGUUUCUGGAACAUAUUCUAGAGUCGGAUAUAGAUUGUCACUGUGGGGGGGGGAACUGGUUGGCACCUAUAAUUGCAAACAUUGUGGCACCUCCAAGGGGUUAAACUACUGCAGAGUACACAUAUAUACACUUAUUUUAAUGUUUAUUUAUAGGAGUGACUUGCCUUCCAAACAAGCAUUACUGAUCCUUUAACCUAUUUCGAUGCCCAUUUUUCAUGACACAAAAUAAAAAUUCUAAUAUAACAACCGUA